UUUUUUUCUAUUGUAAAGGAUGACAGGAAGGAGAUCAUGUAAAAAAGAGAAUAUUAAGUAGAUUAAUUUCGCGAACGAUUCGGCUACUGAGUCGGUUCAUUGAUUCAACUCAGUGAUUGUUCACCCCAUGAAGAGUUCAGCUACUGAAUCUAAACUUUGCCUCAUCAUAUCUGUGCUUACUCUACUCCUGAACGAUUCUACUGAGUCAGAUCUCUGAUUCAACUUAGUGAUUGUUCAACUCGUGAACAGUUCAUCAUCUGACUCUAAUCUUUGAUUCAACUCUUUUUUCUUACUCAACUCGUGAACAAUUCGAUUAAUUGAAUCGGAUCAUUGAUUCAACUCACUGAUUGUUCAACUCAUGAAGAGUUCAGCUACUGAAUCUAAUCCUUAAAUCACCUCUUGGUUCUUACUGAACUCGUGACCGAUUACUUAAUCGAAUCGGUGAUUCAACUCAGUGAUUGUUCAACUCGUGAACAGUUCAUCAUAUGAAUAUAAUCUUAGAUUCAUCUCUCGACUCUCGGUGCUUAUUCAAGUCGUGAACGAUUCUACUGAGUCAGAUCAUUGAUUCAUAUGUCGAUGCUUAUUCAGCUCAUCGACGGUCCGUCUACUGAAUCUAACUUUGACUCAUCAUUUCGGUACUUACUCUACUCGUGAACGAUUCUUCUGAGUCAGAUGAUUGUUUCAUCUCAGUGAUUGUUCAACUCGUGAACAGUUCAGCUUCUGAAUCUAAUCUUUGAUGCAUCUCUCGGUUCGUAUUCAGCUCAUCAACGAUCCGACUGCUGAAUCGAAUCCAUUGAUUCAUCUCUCGAUUCCUUUUGUAUAAGUCCUCUUUUCUAUGAUUCUCAUGGAUGGCCAUAGGGUCAGAAUCUCUUCAGGAAAUCUCUUCAAAUUCUCUUCUUCUCCUUCCCCACCAGGGGCUCCUCCGUCUCCCUGGCCGGAGUGGGGGCCAGUCCGACGCCAGACCCGGACCGCGAGGCCACGUCCGCGAUGGGCCCCUCCGACACCACCAGGUGACAACAACAACCGCAACAACGUCCAAAAACAGGGAUGUCGGAAAGGAGCAUCCCCCACAUCCGUGACAUAUUCGGAUCCGAGCGGCACGAGACGACCGCGGGCGAAGAGGAGACUUCGGAAAAGGCGUGGCGGCGGAGGUGCAAGAAGAAGUCGGAAGAGGAGGCCAAACACCUCGAGAGACACCUCUCGAUGAAGAAGACGAUAAGGAAGAAGAUGAUGAGGGACCUGCAGCAGGCGCUCGCCGCCGAACAGGAGGAGGCCAAGGAGGCGGUGGAGUGCGAACAGCCGAAACAGGAGAAGGAAGAGGAGAAGAAAGGCUUCUGGAGGAGGUUCACCAUGCGCAAGAACAAAAGCUGAAACCGUUUCUUUUAUUUAAAAAAAAUUGUUAAAGAUCUUUCAAAAUUAACUUGUUUUGCCGAAAAUAGCCGAAGACUAUUCACUAAAACCUUCAGUUGGCUCACUAAUCGCUAACCAAAUCUCUGACAUUUCGAUGCUAUCUCUAAUUCUAUUUGCCACCUCCGAACCGAUCAACCGUUCACAGACAUAGAACGACUCAACCGUUCGUAGGUCCGCUCACUACUCAACAAUUUGAAUGUUCGUUGGACGACACAAUCUUUCACUGAUCCUCUCACUGUUUGGCUCGUUCCUUAAUAGAUCCGCUCACCGACUGGUCUAUUGUAAGGUUCGUAGAUCAUUUCGCUGAUCGACUCGUUCGUUCAUAGAUCUUCUCACUGAUUAAACAAUGUGAACUUUCAUUGAAAGACACAAUCAUUCAUAUAUCCUGUCACUGUUUGACUCGUUCGGUCCUAGGUCCUCUCAUUGAUUUAAGAAUUUCAACAUUCAUGAGAGGGCUCGAUCUCUCACAGAUUGACUGACUGGUCCUUGUUAGGUUCAUAGAUUCAAUCACUGGAUUUAUCUUUUUGAACUUACAUCCUACGACUCGUUCGUUCAUAGUUCCGCUCACUGACUUGUCGAUUUGAGCUUUCAUGGGAUGAUACAAUCUUUCACAGAUACUCUCACUGAUUGACUCGUUCGUUCAUAGAUCCUCCCAUUGAUUUAACAAUUUCAACAUUCUCAUAGAUUCACUCACUGAAUUUCACUGAACGACCCUUCGUUCAAAGAUUUACUCGCUGGUUGACUCGUUCGGUCAUAGAUCUUACUCUGACUGGUCGAUUCAUUCAUAGUUCAUAGAACCGCUCAUUGGAUUUAUCCAUUUGAACUUUCAUGCAACGGGUCAAUCUUCCAUAGACGCAUUUGUUCAUAGAGCAGCUCACUGACUGGUCAAAUUUAAGGUUCAUAGAUCCGCUCACUGAUCGAAUCGUUCGUUCAUAUAUCCUCUCAUUGAUUUAACAAUUUGAAAAUUCAUGGGACGACUCAAUCUUUCAUAGAUCCACUCACCGAUUUAUCCACUUGAACUUUCACUGAACGACUCGUUUGCAAUCAACUCACCCAACUUAACUGACGUUCCGAUCCAAUCAUUCACCUACUCACCGAAUCGACUCACUGAUCCAAUCGCUUCUUUAUAACCUUCUCACUGAAUCGACUCACUGAUCUCAUCUCUAUUUCAAUAACCUUCCCACUGAAUAGACUCAUUGAUCUAAUUUCUAUUUCAAUAACCUUCCCACUGAAUCGACUCACUGAUCUAAUCUCUAUCUCAAAAACCUACCCACUGAAUCGACUCAGCAAAUUUAUCGCUGUUUAAUCAACUACAUAACCUCUCACAUUUUUAACCGACUUGACACUGCAAUCAUGAUUAUUAUUUUUUGAAAGAUCUUUUUGUAUAUAAGUUCCUACCCCUGGGGGGAAAAAACGAAUCAAUCGAUUUUUUUUAAUCGACAGCACCAUGCUUCCUAAUUAGCGUUAGUCCUAACCAAAGACGACUGUUUUUUUUUAAUGAUUAUUAUAUAGAUUCGUUGGAGGUGCGGUACCUAUUAUUUUUGUAAUUGUUCUAGCCCCCCUCCCUAAUUUUAAUUUUUUAACCAAUUGUGCCUUCUGAUUAACAAUUAGACAUAAAUAUAUUUAAAAUGUAACAAACACAACGGCCCCUUGUAGAUUUUUAUUAUCCCUGAAUAUAUUAUAUAAUAUAAAUAUAUAUUUUUUAUCGACUAAUUGUAAAAAAAAGAUAGAUAAUGUAUUUCCGUGUAUCCCCAUCUUUUUUGUUUUCUUCCGUCCUCCAAAGCAUCAAAAGCUUGACUUUGUGAUAAUAUUAGAUUUUUAAGGCUUCUAAUAAAAAGAGGAGGGGAGACAGAAAAAUGAUAUGUAAUCCUAUGUGUAUUUUGUAAAUAUAUGUUUUUAAAUUGA